GUCAGUCGUGCAUGUUGUUGCUGCUAGCGCGCGUGGUGCAGCACACACGUGUGACUGUUGACAUUACCAGACCGACAUCACAAAACAAGACAGGCUUCAUUUUCAAUGCUGGCUGAAUCCAGAUAUCAGGCACCCGUCAUAAAAGGGAGUUCAUGGAUGGAGCAGCAAUUGCUGCGAGUAGCUGCAGCGCCGCGGUGGAGGAUGUUGAGUUGUGGUGAUGACGCUGAUGGAUGCACUAACGGAGGCCCUCUGCUGUACUACCCACAUAUGACCUCACCGUGGGAUGAGAACGAGUAGCGGCGUAACCCUCUUUGGAUUACGCACCAAGACAUCUUGACUCCCCCUCCCAAGUAAACUCACAAGCACAUUUAAUCACAGUUCUAGCCGUUCCAGCCACCACCGCCAAUUUGUGCACAACCCACGCCAGCCACUAUGCAGAAAGCCGUCCGCUACGAGGAGACUCAACUCCUCCACCUUGCCACCAGGGCUAAGACGGACCACAUGAUCGCCGGCAACCUCCAGAAGAAGAGCUCGGAUACGGUCAAGUGGAAGCAGCGCUUCUUUGCCCUCUACCAGAACCUCCUCUUCUACUUUGAGAGCGACACGUCCCAGCGACCUUUGGGCUGGAUUUUCCUGGAGGGUUGCUACUGUGAGCGGUUGCCGUCAACUCGAAACAGUAAAGAGGAAAAUAAGCAUUGGUAUAUCUCCAUACACUACAGGAAUGAUGUCCAGCGACAGUAUGAACUGCGGUGUGAGACCGAAGGCGAAUGCAACGCAUGGAUUGAUGCCAUUCAACAUUCCAGUUUCAAUACACUCUUGCUGGAGAAGGAGGAAUUGGAGCAGAAAUAUCUGCAUCUUCUGCAGAUCUUAGACAGUGAGAAGACAGCCAAGCUGGGACUGCGCCAACAGUGUGAGGAUCUGACCAAGGAAGUGAUCCGACUCAAAGCAGAGCUGAACAUACUUCAGAAGAAAGAGAGGAAGUUGUCCAACUCAAUCCAUGAACAUUUCUCCAGGGAGCCAGAGAACAUCAAGAAGAUCAAACGGGUUCAGAGCUUCAUCCGGGGCUGGUUAUGCCGACGACGUUGGAAGGCCAUUGUCCAAGACUACAUUCGCUCCCCGCACGCUGAGAGCAUGCGCAAGCGCAACAGCAUCGUGUUCGGCAUGGUGGAGUGUGAGAGAGAGUACGUGGAGCAGCUGUCCACGCUGGUCUCUUGUUUCCUGCGGCCCCUCAAGAUGGCCGCCAGCUCCAAGAAGCCUCUCAUCUCCCACGAGGAUGUCAACUCGGUGUUCCUCAACAGUGAAACUGUGUUUUUCCUGCACCAGAUAUUCUACAAGGGACUGAGUGCAAGAAUGGAACACUGGCCAAAACUGGUGCUCGGGGACCUGUUUGAUAUGCUGCUGCCCAUGCUGUGCAUCUACAACGAGUACGUGCGCAAUCACCACUACAGCCUGCAGGUGUUAGCUGAAUGCAAACAGAAGAGUCCCAUGUUCAACCAGUUACUCAAGUGCUACGAGUCCAAGCCCAUCUGUGAGGGGCGAUCGCUGGAGACAUUCCUCACCUACCCCAUGCAUCAAGUGCCAAGAUAUAUCAUUACACUACACGAGCUGCUGGCCCACACGCCGCACGACCACGUCGAGCGGAAGAGCCUGGAAUAUGCAAAGAACAAAUUGGAGGAACUCUCCAGGAUUAUGCACGAUGAGGUAUCGGAGACUGAGAGCAUCCGUAAGAAUCUUUCUAUUGAGAGGAUGAUCGUGGAAGGAUGUGAGAUAUUGCUGGAUGUACAACAGAUGUUCGUCCGACAAGGUACACUGACACAGGUCAUGCAGGAGAGGACCAGGGUCAGCCGCACCAGACUAGGGUCGCUGGGGGCAAAGGUGGAGACCCGUAAGGAGGGGGUCAGGCAGUGUUUUCUCUUCACCAAGCAUCUGCUCAUCACCACCAGGACCUCUGGGGGGAAGCUUCAUUUGGCUAAGGUUGGAGGCAAGAUCCCACUGAUAGACACAGCCAUUGUGGAGGAUUUUGACCCAUUUGAUGAUGAACCCUCCCAGCAAACCCAGUCGGAUUAUGACAAUCUGGACUUCAAGCUGAUCGUAGAUUCUAAGAGUGGCCCUCCGCUAGUCAUCACCCUGGUAGCGCCUACCCACCAGGACAAGGCCGCCUGGACCAGUGAUAUCAGUCAGUGCAUUGACAACUUACACUACAAUGGUUUACUGGAUCCGUCAUUGGAAGAGAGCAGUUCCUCCAUCCACCUGCCACAGUGCAUCAAUACAGGCCGCCACAAUUCACAAAGCAGCCCAUGUACUGCUACAUGCACGAGGUCUGAUUCUCGUCUCUUCAAGGAUGACCACGACAUCCGCUUCAGCAAGAUCCUGAACUCUUGCAAGGUGCCGCAGAUCCGCUACGCCACCCUGGAGCGUCUUCUUGAGCGACUGACAGACCUGCGGUUCCUGAGCAUCGACUUCCUCAACACAUUCCUGCUGACCUACGCCGUCUUCACCUCCUGGCAGGAUAUACUGGACACUCUCAAACGGGUGUAUCGCAACCCAGACACUGUCGAGAGCCUCUUAAAUGUGAAUCCGCCAUCCAGCCCUAAGCUGAUGGACACUAGCCAGCCAGCCAGUAGCCCACCGCCGGUCAGCCCCAGUGUGGCUCGGUCCACCAGGCACAGUAUCACCGUCACCUCACCAGUCACUGCCGUCGACGGGACGUGCACUAAUAGGGAGUUUAUGGACACCACCACCAAUGCACGAAUGCACCCUUUCCGAAGGAGCUUCAAAAAGGCAUCAGAAAAGUCCAGUCAGGAGAGUGACACCCCAACCACAGACCUGACCACACCCCCGGCCUCCCCGCCCUUCACUAACGCCCUGACCCCACCCACCAGUCCACGCAUCAUGGAGCCGACAACCAGAGGGCUGUCUCCCAAGCGGAUGUUGUCCACUAGCCAUUCUGCACCCAACAUAGCGGCUCUGGCAAAAGGCAUCAAAUCAGCCGAGGUGUCCGUCCCAACCUCUCCCCGCAGCUCCGUGGGUUCCCAUUUCCAGUUCAGCAGCUCGCCGCCCAGCAACACAGUCUCAGCCGGCGUGGUGGUGACCUCAUCGCGCCAGUCCACUCGCCGGUCAAGCUCCUCUUCGGCCAGCGCGGCCUUCGCUGCAGCCACCGCUGGGUGCAGCAACCCUAAGGACGUGAUCAUGGAAGACAAAUCCAGAGAAAGACGGACUAGAGCAUUAAGGAGAGGCAAACUGCAGAGCUGUCUGAGCAAGGAAGUCAUCAGCUCAGCGGCUACAGUCAGGGUCAUCAACGUCAUCCGGCACUGGGUCUCCAAGUUCAGUCAGGAUUUUGAGUCAAAGAGUGAGCUCCGGAAUGCAAUCGUAGAAUUCUUGGAGGAGAUUGUGUCCAACACCAACCUCCUGCCAACGGAACACAAAGGAGCAGCCAAUAUCCUCAGACAGCUGAUGUCAGAGGAGUCCACCAUCUCCCCAACCGUUGAGGAGCUGAUUGGUUUCACUCCUAGCCAUCCUACCUCAGAUACCUCCUUUGAAGUCUUCAAUGUCUUGGAACUUGCCGAGCAACUGACCUACGUUGAGCACAAGAUCCUCAGGGCUGUCCCACCUUGGGAGUUUUUGAACCAGUGUUGGAUGAAGCAGAGCAAGGCGAUCAGGGCACCGCACAUUCUUGAUGUCACCAAGAGAUUCAAUGAGGUCAGUAAAUUAGUAGCCUCAGAGAUCCUACGACAGGGCACAGUGGCCGGACGGGCGGCGGCCAUUGAGAAAUGGGCCGCGGUGGCAGACAUCUGUCGCUGUAUGCACAACUACAACAGCGUGCUGGAGAUCACAUCGGCACUGAUGAACAGCUCCGUCUAUCGCCUCAAGAAAGUCUGGGACAAGGUGCCUAAACAGACUAAGAGUACGCUGGAGAAACUGCAAGUGCUUGUAUCAUCAGAUGGACGAUUCAAAAACAUGAGAGAGGCACUGCACAGGAUUGACCCUCCCGCCGUGCCCUACCUGGGCUUCUAUCUGACAGACUUGGCAUUUAUUGAGGAUGGGACUCCCAACGUCACGGAUGAUGGUCUCAUUAACUUCUCCAAGAUGAGAAUGAUUGCUCACGUGAUUCGUGAGAUUCGCCAUUUCCAGAAGACCUGCUACACCAUUGAAUUGGACAAACGGGUUGCAAACUACCUGUUGGAUACCAACUUGGUCAUGGAUGAUGACGAGCUGUAUGCCUUAUCCUUGGAGAUUGAGCCCCGCCAAUCCACAAGAGUGUCUUCAAGCAUCUGAAGGGGAUUAGUGGACUGAAAGAGGAUUAGUGGAUUGAGAGAUCCGACGAAAGAUACGUGGAUCCAGACGUUAGUUGGACGUCCAUGCCAGUUGCGGAUGGCAGAAGUGAUGAUGGCCAAUCUGGCCUGCUUGACUACCUUCAAGCAUCUUUGGCGAUAAGUGGAUGGAUUAAUGGAGAUAAGUGGAUGGAUUAAUAGGAUCAAGAGAUUAAGGGAUUGGUGGAUUUGUUGGUCGACCUCCUCCAAGUGGUUGCAAACCUCUGGUUGGAUGCUGUUUGGAUCAGGAAUCUGCUUUUUGGUGGUUUGAAUUGAUCAUCCAAAGCCAAUGGCCUGUUUUGUUUUUUUCUCAUGUGGUGGUAAGCGGACGAGUUUGUCAGCUGAACAGCAAGUGAUGACGGAUUGUGAGCGGAAAGGAUAGGGUCUGUUUAAAUAGGGUAAAUGUGUUGUACUACAUACAAUUAUAGUUUUUGAAAGAUGUUACCAGAAUCUGAUAAAGAUUUGUUUGGAGAAAAAUUAAUAAAUCACUCGGAGUAGCUUAUAAUUUGGGGGACAGAAAAAGUUUUGUUUACUUUACGAAUUCUUGUUUUGGUUUUGGUCUCCUUUCGGAUUCAGUACUGGAGAGUGUUGACGUGUCAUCCCUACUCCUAUGGCAGUUUAUGCUGUGGGAAGAAAGUGGUUUAGGCUCUAGUUUUUUGUUGUUGUUUGUAUUUGUGUUUGUGUUUGUGUUUGUUUGUUUGUUUUUUAUCUUGGUCUGCUCCAGGUUGUAGCUCAGGUUGUGGUUCAGGUUUCGUGCAUUUUUCUAGUUUUUUCUGUCGUUAUACCUUGUAAAUGUACUAAAUUAACUUGUGGCCGUGAGGCAAGUUCUGGUUCCUACUCCUGGGCGACGUUCCAGACAAGUUCAUCAUGCGGGUGUGAGUACAUGAAUGUGCAAUGCGAGGGUCCUUUUGGAGUGAGAGAUUGAUUCCGGUAUCGUGACGUUGUUGGUUUUUCUCGUGUUUGUGGACCGACGGUCAUUUAAUGGAAUGAAGUUCCAGCCAUUGUGCAGGUUGUGGUUCCUAGCUCAAGUUCCGAGACCAAGUUCUGAUACAAGUUCCAGGCAAGGUCACCGUGCCAGUGUAAAUACAAGAAAGUGAAAUGCAAGGUUACUUGUGAAAGAAGAUAUAAAGCAUUUUUGAAAUGGUUCCAGAGUUCAGGAGAUCACCAGGUGAUGAUUAUAAGCAAAUGGAUUUUAAAGCCUGUUAAUCAUGGAAUGAUUGUGUUUGGUAGAGUCAGUUACACGGUUGAUGUGUGAAAGUCGAGUAGAUAUCAGAUCAGGUAAUAGAUGGAAAACGGUGCAAAUAACCGACACGUACCUUGAUGAAUGCAGUUUUACUGAAAGUGCCAAUUACAUUUAAACAUUUAUAUUAAGCCGGCAUAACAAAAUAAGCGAGCGAUGCUGCAAUAAUACCUUGUCAAAGUGCACAAGCUUAAAAAAAAAAAAAUAAAGAAAAAAGAGAUGAAUUGGACAUUUUGAUAUAUUUUUACACGUUUCCAAGGUGUGUUUCUGAGAUAUUUGCAAAAAAACAGAGAGUUGAAAUGAGAGAGUCGACUUUAUUAAUGUUACCAAUUGUUGCAGGUAGUUGGUGUCGAAACAGUAUAGGUUAGAAGACAUAAGCUGAGCAAACUUGAGGUGUAUGAUAUUGUUUGAUUGUUCGAUUUUUUGAAAUAUUACAUUUACAUGUAUAUUGGUCUGUCUUUUUUUGUUCAGGUCUAUUAACGUAUCAGGUCUGUUAACCUAAUGUCCUUGUAACAGUCAAGGGGCAUCCUGGGCAUUGGCUAUGCCAUGACUGAUCUUAACCCUAAUUAGGCUGUGUGAAAAAUAUAUUAAAAAUCAAGGAUUCGGGACUGUUGGGGUUACUGAACUUUGGGUAUGCAUGUAGAGACAUCCAUUCUUACUAGUUUAUCAUCAAGUUUUGUCCCCUAGA